CAGCAUCAUGCCUGAACCAGCGAAGGCCGCGCCCAAGAAGGGCUCCAAGAAAACCGUCACCAAGACCGCCGGCAAAGGAGGCAAGAAGCGCAGAAAGUCCAGGAAGGAGAGCUACGCUAUCUACGUGUACAAGGUCAUGAAACAGGUCCAUCCUGAUACCGGGAUCUCCUCCAAGGCUAUGGGCAUCAUGAACUCCUUCGUCAACGACAUUUUCGAGCGUAUCGCUGGUGAGUCCUCUCGUCUGGCUCACUACAACAAGCGCUCCACCAUUACCUCCAGGGAGAUCCAGACCGCCGUGCGCCUGCUGCUUCCCGGUGAGCUGGCCAAGCACGCCGUGUCCGAGGGUACCAAGGCCGUCACCAAGUACACCAGCUCCAAGUAAAGCGCCUUAGUCGCU